AGUGAUAGAAAAUCGAUGCGAAAUCGUGGGUGAAUCGAACAAAUUGAAAAGUCAUCACAUGUCACCAGAGCGAAGGGCUUUGCUAGCUGCGCAAUAGUAAAAAAAAAGUUCGACCAAAUCCUACACACCGUUGCCGGGCUUAAUUGUGGAAGAAAAACAAACAAAAUGACAAAUAUGCGCCCCCCGCAGAAAUCCAAGCUGCUGAAGGUCGUCAUACUGGGCGAUGGGGGCGUGGGCAAGUCUGCCCUUCUCACACGCUUCGUGUCGAACCGCUAUGAGGAGAACAACUUCCAUACGAUUGGCGUCGAGUUCAUGAACAAGGACAUCGUGGUCGACGGGGAGCGGUACACCCUCCAGAUAUGGGAUACGGCUGGCCAGGAACGAUUCCGGGCCCUGCGCACGCCCUUCUAUCGGGGAUCGGACAUUUGCCUGCUCUGCUAUGCCCUGGACGACCGGGACAGCCUGAGGGGACUGGGUCUGUGGCGCAACGAGUUUCUGACCUAUGCCGACGUGGAGCCGGACAAGUUUCCCUUCAUUGUGGUGGGCAACAAGAACGACAUCCUGCCGCAUAAGCGCCAGGUCAGCUACGAGAGUGUCCAGCAGUGGUGCGCGGAGCAGAAGAUUGCCUCCCACAUCGAGACCUCCUCGAAGGCGGCGACGAAUGUGAGCGACGCCUUUGUACUCGGUUUGCGCCAGUGGAAGCACUUGGAGUGCGUGGCCGAGGCCGAGCUCCGCCACAACGGCGACACCAUCGACUUGACACGACCCAUACGCCUCGUGCAGCGGCGCCUCUGCUGCACAGGAGGUGGUGGCGUCGGGGACGUCAACAAAGACGCGGAUGGGGAUGGAGAUGGGGAUGACGCCGCCAUGCGCACCCCAUCCAAGAAACUGUUCGGCCAGAAGCGCAGUGCACCGAAGGCGCCAGCUACCAAUUACCGGCUAUGAGCAGUGAAGCUGUCAGGGAAUUUACGCUUAAUUUAACCAAUCGUCGUCUAGGG